UGGAAGUGCCGGAGGGGCGGCGGGAAGGAGCGGCCGGUAACGGAGCGGCACCGGGGGGGUGUGUGUGCGUCUUAAAGGGGCCGGGGGGGGGUUAAAGGGACCCCCCCGUGGCCCCCCCCCCAGGCCAUGGCGGACCCGUCGCUGCUCUCGGCCGGGCUGGAGGCGCCGGACGCGGCGGAUGAGGCGCUGCGGCGGCUCCUGCUGCAGGCAACGCGGGAGGAGGACGAGGAGGAGCCCCCCCCCGCCGGGCCCUCCCGCGCUGUCACCCCCCAACCGGGGCUGUGUGUGAAGACCCGCGCGGGGGGGGCCAAAGUGUUCCUCAACGUGUGUCACUCGCGGGAGGUGCCGCCCCCCCCCCCGCUGUCUCCCCCCGGGCUCUGGCGCCUCCUGCACGGCCCCCGCCCCCCCCCCGGGGGGGGGUUCCGCAUCCCCAUGAGCCUGGGGGAGCCCCACGCGGAGCUGGACCAGGGUGGCCGGGGCUGCACCGCGUACGACGUGGUGGUGAACUCGGGCUUCUUCCGCACCCUCCAGGCGGACCCCCUGUACCUGGAGUUCUUCCUGACCGUGGCCAUGGAGGGGCUGUCGGAGAAGUACGGGGUGGAGCUGGAGCUCACUGACUGGCGUGUGCUGCAGAACCGCAAGUUCAUGGGCUCCAUCUCAGCCCAGAACAUCCGGGCCCGGCCCCGGCCCCACAUCCAGGAGCUGGAGGGCCCCCCCCCGGAGCCUCCCAAGUUCGUGGUGGUGGCCGAGCCCUCAGCUCAGCACCCAAAGGUGCUGCAGGCGCGGGUGCUCCUGCCCCAUAUUGAGGGGGCGGUUUCUCUGCAGCUCGGACUGAACCAAGAGCGGUUGGUGCUGGGGGGGGCCGGGGGGGGUCCCCCCCUCCUGCAGCUGGGGCUGCCCCUCCCCCCGGACCCCCCCCGCUGCCGCGCCCGCUUCCACCGCGGCACCAAGGUCCUCACCGUGACGAUGCCGCUGCAGUUGUGACCUUUGCCCUUUGCCCCCCCCCCACUUUUAUACGCGCCCCCCCAAUAAACCAUCACAUGUGUCCUCCCAGCC